UGUCUUCUAAAGAGAAACUCUUGCUAAGAACUAUGAUUUUAACUUUCAGAUAUAAAGUGAUAGCUCUGCAUUCUAUUCUUUCAACUCAAGAUCAAGCUGCAGCAUUCACACUUCCUCCUCCUGGAGUCAGGAAGAUUGUUUUAGCAACAAAUAUCGCAGAGACAGGUAUCACUAUUCCAGAUGUUGUAUUUGUAAUUGAUACCGGAAGAACAAAAGAAAAUAAGUACCAUGAAAGCAGUCAGAUGAGUUCUUUGGUUGAGACGUUUGUCAGUACAAGUGCUCUGCAGCGCCAGGGAAGAGCUGGGAGGGUCCGAGAUGGCUUCUGCUUCCGGAUGUACACAAGAGAAAGAUUUGAAGGCUUUAUGGACUAUUCUGUCCCAGAAAUCUUGCGUGUGCCUUUGGAGGAAUUAUGUCUUCAUAUUAUGAAAUGCAAUCUUGGUUCUCCUGAAGAUUUCCUCUCCAAAGCCUUAGAUCCUCCUCAGCUUCAAGUAAUCAGCAAUGCAAUGAAUUUACUCCGAAAAAUUGGAGCAUGUGAAUUAAAUGAGCCUACACUGACACCACUGGGCCAACACCUUGCAGCUUUGCCUGUGAAUGUCAAGAUUGGCAAGAUGCUCAUAUUUGGUGCCAUAUUUGGCUGCCUUGACCCAGUGGCAACACUAGCUGCAGUGAUGACCGAGAAGUCUCCUUUUACUACACCGAUUGGUCGGAAAGAUGAGGCAGAUCUUGCAAAAUCAGCUUUGGCUAUGGCUGAUUCAGAUCACCUGACGAUCUACAACGCAUACCUAGGAUGGAAGAAAGCACGGCAAGAAGGAGGCUAUCGGUCUGAAAUAGCAUAUUGCCGGAGGAACUUUCUGAAUAGAACAUCACUGUUAACCCUAGAGGAUGUAAAGCAGGAGUUAAUGAAGUUGGUUAAGGCAGCAGGAUUUUCAUCAUCCACAACAUCUAAUGACUGGGAAGAAAACAGAGCCUCACAGACCCUUCCCUUCCAAGAAAUUGCCCUUCUUAAAGCUGUUCUGGCCGCUGGACUAUAUGACAACGUGGGGAAGAUAAUCUAUACAAAGUCAGUUGAUGUUACAGAAAAGUUGGCUUGCAUUGUGGAGACAGCCCAAGGCAAAGCACAAGUACAUCCAUCCUCAGUAAAUCGAGAUUUGCAAACUUACGGAUGGCUCUUAUACCAGGAGAAGGUAAGGUAUACCCGAGUUUAUCUGAGGGAAACUACCCUAAUAACCCCUUUUCCAGUUUUGCUUUUUGGUGGUGAUAUCGAAGUUCAACACCGGGAACGUCUUCUUUCUGUUGAUGGCUGGAUCUAUUUUCAGGCCCCUGUGAAAAUAGCCGUAAUUUUCAAGCAGCUUAGAGUUCUCAUUGAUUCUGUUUUAAGAAAAAAGCUUGAAAAUCCUAAGAUGUCCCUUGAAAAUGACAAGAUUCUGCAGAUCAUUACAGAACUGAUAAAAACAGAGAAUCAUAAUUGAAACUUCACAUCAUGCUCAACUGCUUUCAAAAUUAAGAUGAAGAUAUGGAUACACACACAAAAAAAGAUGAAGAUAUGGUCAUGAAAUUAUGUGAAAAUGGACCAUCACUCAAGUAUUUCAAUACUUAAAUGUUGGUAUACUAGCCCUAACUUAAAGGUGGUGGAAAAAGCACAUACUUUAAAAAUGUGUAAUUUUCUAGUUCCUUUUUAAUGAUAAUUAUUUGCAGUGUAUUUAACCACUACAUUUACAAUAAAUUCUUUGGUAUCAUC